AUGUUACAGGAUCAGAGUUCAAGACCACCUAGUAUACCACUGCAACAUUUGAAAGAAAUCACAAAUAACUUCUCUGAAGAUCGAAUACUUGGACAUGGUGGUAUUGGUGUGGUAUAUAAGGAUAUGCUGCAUAAUGGGGAAAUGAUUAUUGUGAAGAAGAUUGUAUUGUCAUUAAUGCCGAGCCCACAGAAGCAAUUUGAGAAUGAAGUUUAUCAUCUUAUGAUCAUUAAGAACCCCAAUGUAGUGCGAUGUAUAGGCUACUGCUACGAAAUAAAGAAUGCGUGUUUGGAGUACAAUGGAAAAUAUGUUUUUGCAGAGAAGGCGGAAAGGCUGCUUUGCUUGGAGUAUCUGCCCAAAGGAAGCCUCGACAAGUAUCUAUCAGAUGAAUCUUCUGGACUUGAAUGGAGCACAUGUUACAAAAUAAUCAUGGGGAUUUGCAAUGGUUUACGUCACCUUCAUGAGCAAAAUGAUAAACCUAUUGUACACUUGGACCUAAAACCUGCCAACAUAAUGCUCGAUGACAGUAUGGAGCCAAAAAUUAUAGACUUCGGUGUAUCAAGACUUCUUGACAAAGAACAAACUAUUUGCACUUCAUCUCGUGAUGGAACACUCGGUUACAUGGCACCAGAAUUCCUACACAGCGGUACAAUUACACGAAAGUCAGACAUAUUUAGUUUGGGUGUAAUAAUCUUGGAGAUAAUAACGGGGCGGAGGGAUUACGUGGAUGUUACUCCAAAUUCUUCAUAUUAA